CUGAUGCCCCGCACCCUGGAGACCCAGAUCACCAUGGAGAAGACCCCCAGUUACUUCAUCACCAGGGAAGCCCCCCAGCGGAUCUUCAACAUGUCACGGAACACAAAGCUGAUCGUGGUUGUGAGGAACCCCGUCACCAGGGCCAUCUCGGACUAUACGCAGACCCUCUCCAAGCGGCCAGACAUCCCCACCUUCGAGGGGCUGUCCUUCCGCAACCGCAGCCUGGGCCUGGUGGACACUUCCUGGAGCGCCAUCCGCAUUGGCCUGUACGUGGUGCACCUGGAGAGCUGGCUCCAGUACUUCCCGCUCUCCCAGAUCCACUUCGUCAGCGGGGAGCGGCUCAUCACGGACCCCGCGGGGGAGAUGGCCAAAGUGCAGGACUUCCUGGGCCUCCAGCGGCUCAUCACCGAGAAGCACUUCUUCUUCAACAAGACCAAGGGCUUCCCGUGCUUGAAGAAGGUGGGGGGAAGCACGCUGCCACGCUGUCUGGGGAAGUCGAAAGGGCGGCCUCAUGUCCAGAUUGACCCAGAAGUGCUGGAGCAGCUGCAGGACUUCUACCGCCCUUACAACAUCCGAUUCUACGAGGCUGUGGGGCGAGACUUCCGAUGGGAAUGA